AACUGGCAUUCGCUCGAAGUGGCAUCCGCUCGAAUUGACUGGUUCUUUUUUUUUGUAUGUAUUUUCCCGGCCGACUUGUACAAAAUUGAGAGAAUUGUACAGAAUUGAUUAUAUAGAUGAUGCUUUUUUGCUGGGGCAUAUGUGUAUUUUAGUUUUACUUGUGUGUGAAAUAUAUACCAACAAAGGAAUAUGUGGCGGAUUAAACCAAACCUUGUAGCAUGCCACAAGAGGAGUCUACAGCAGGUGGUUUCACGCCACAUGAGUGCUUCUACCGAGGGACAGAAAGUGAUGGGUAUCCGUCGAGAGGAUUAUGGCUCGCAGUGGGAGAGAAGAGCGCCACUUAGCCCAGCACAUGUCAAAACGUUGAUUGAGAGUGGUGUCAAGGUGCUGGUGCAGGACAGUAACAGGAGAGCAUACCCAAUACAAGAUUAUGAGAAUGCUGGGGCACACAUCCAGGAGGACCUGAGCGAGGCAUCAUUCAUACUCGGAGUGAAGCAGGUUCCAAUCCCCAGACUGAUUGCAAACAAAACCUUCUGCUUCUUUUCACACACUAUCAAAGCACAGCUGGAGAACAUGCCAUUGCUUGAUGCUAUACUAGAGAAGAACAUACGUUUAAUUGAUUAUGAGAAGAUUGUGGAUGAUAGUGGGAAGCGUCUUGUUGCCUUUGGGAAGUUUGCUGGAUUAGCUGGCAUGAUCAACAUCCUACAUGGCAUGGGUUUACGUCUACUGGCACUGGGACACCACACGCCAUUCCUGCAUAUAGCAGCAGCUCACAACUACCGAGACAGUAGCAUGGCACGCCAAGCGGUGCGGGAAGCAGGGUAUGAGAUUGCAUUAGGCCGACUACCCAAAUCUAUUGGACCAAUGACCUUUGUAUUCAUGGGUUCAGGCAAUGUAUCCCAGGGUGCCCAAGAGAUCAUAUCUGAAUUACCUGUGGAAUAUGUCAAGCCUAGUGAUUUGAAAGAAGUGGCUGAGAAUGGAGAUCACAGGAAAGCCUAUGCAACAGUUGUCAGACGAAAAGACCAUCUAGUGCACAAAGAUGGUGGAAAAUUCAACCUGGAGGAGUAUAGCCAUCAUCCGGAAAGGUUCCGUUCUGUCUUCAGUGAAAUGAUUGCUCCUUACAGCUCCUGCAUCAUCAAUGGAAUUUUCUGGGAUGUUAAUCAUCCACGAUUCCUUAGCAACAUGGACACAAAGACCUUACUCAGCCCAGAGAUGAGCCCUAAGACUGAUGAGUCACCUGGAUGUCCCAGAUUGCCACACAGACUGCUAGCCAUCUGUGACAUCACUGCAGACCCAGGGGGCGCUAUUGAGUUUGUGUCAGAGUGUACCAGUAUUGAAGCUCCGUUCACAUUAUAUGAUGCAGACCACAGACAUCAGCAUUUCAAAAGUUUAAGAUUUUCUGGAGAUGGUGUACUUGUUUGUAGCAUUGACAACAUGCCUACUCAGCUCCCGAGAGAAGCUACUGACUUCUUUGGUGACUUAUUGCUUCCAUGGGUUCCAGAAAUGCUCAAGUCGGAUGCCACAAUCCCCCUUGAAAAACAACAGUUAUCCAGAGUUGUGUAUGACGCAGUGAUAGCUUCAAAUGGCAGCCUAGCCCCCAAGUACCACUACAUCACUGACCUCAGGAAGAAAACUGAUCCGAGUCUAGCUGUAAUCAACGGUGCUGAGAAGCAGCGAGUGUUACUGUUAGGCUCAGGAUAUGUCUCCUCACCAGUCGUUGAAUACCUCACUAGAGAUGGUGGCAUUGAAGUAACAAUUGCAUCGUCAAUUAAAGAAGAGGCUGAAAAUAUAGCUUCUAAAUACGAUAACACAGAAGCUGUAUAUCUGAAUGUGAAAACCCAUGAGGCCCACCUGCAUCAACUUGUCAAGAAACAUGACAUUGUUAUUAGUCUCCUCCCAAUACCAUUCCAUCCCAUGGUGGCAGAGAUUUGUCUGCAACAAAGAAAGAACUUAGUAACAGCAAGCUACACAAGUCCAGCUAUGAAAGCACUGCACAAAGAUGCUGUAGAUGCCGGUGUCACUUUCCUGAACGAGUGUGGUCUUGACCCUGGCAUUGAUCACAUGCUUUCAAUGGAAUGCUUUGAUUACAUCCAUGAUAAAGGAGGAAAGGUCACUUCAUUUGAAUCUUAUGCAGGCGGGCUCCCGGCACCAGAACAUUCUGAAAACCCCCUACGCUACAAGUUUAGAUUGCAAAGUGACUCCAUUGCUGUGGAGAAAAUAAAAUCUUCCAGUUGGAGUCCAUUCGGUGUUCUUAGUGGUUUAGGACUUGAUGCCAAGUAUCUAAGUGAUAAAAAAGAAGUGUACAUUCCACCUGGAUACCUGAUGGAAUCCUGCAAAGACAUGUCCUUCCUACCAGGAUUCAACCUCCAAGGGUACCCGAACCGAGACUCUACACAGUACAUCUUCACGUAUGGCGUACAAACAGUUGAUAGCUUCAUUCGUGGGUCGCUUAGAUACAAGGGGUACUGCCAUGCUGCCAAUGGCCUUUUGAAACUGGGAUUAGUUGAUGGAAGUCCUCACCCAGCCUUACAUGAAGAAGCACCUGCUAUAACUUGGCGUGAAUUGAUGUCUAACCACCUUGGACAUGAUUCAGGGACGAGUGCAAGCACUCUUAAAGAGAUCGUCUGUGAGAAACUUGGGGAUGAAGAUGCUGCACAAGUGGUGGAAGACCUUGGCCUCCUUGCAGACUCUCCAGCUGAGAGAAAUGGAACAUUAUUACAGAGUUUAUCAAACCAUCUGAGCAAGAGGCUAGCAUACAAAGAGGGGGAGCGUGAUUUGGUGAUAAUGCGCAACCAAGCUGGCGUGGAAUGGAGCAAUGGUAAUUGUGAAACUCAUGAGAUAUCCCUUGUGGUGUAUGGUGAACCUGAUGGCUUCUCUGCUAUGGCAAAAACCGUUGGUUACCCAGCAGCCAUUGGAGCCAAAAUGAUUCUUGAAGGUGAGAUUGUUGAGAAAGGUGUUAUGAUACCACUUGGUAAAAACAUUUACAAACCAAUUCUAAAUCGACUAAAGGCUGAAGACAUUAGAGCUACCACUAACAUCAAAUACCACUAGGCAUCUACCGCUACAAGAUUCACCAAUAUGUUUGACCAAAGAGUAGAAAAUGGAAAGAGUGCACAGUUCAGUUCAAAAAUGCAUCACUACCCUGGUUACGCCAUUGAAGUCGCCAACGUCGCUUUAGAAAUGCACCCACUGUGGUCUGAUUGCGUGAUAAAAAUGCGCCCACAAAAGAUAUAAACAAACAAACAUUUGGUUCUGAAAAUUGUAACACUAAUAUAACUAUCGCUCUCUACAAAGGAAUUCUAUCUUGUGGAAAACAUGAAUAAACCGUGGUAGGUUCUACUAGGUAAGCAAAAAGACAACCAGAUGCAGUGGGCAUCCUCCCAUAAGUGUGUAAGGGUGUAUCAUUCAUUUAUGCUCAAAACAAGGAUACUGUAUUCUAUUUCCUUUGGUUUGAUGCAAACAAACUUUAUACCGUAUCUUCAUAUUCUGGAUCUUGAAGAUGUGCGAAUCAAUGGCUUGCAUCAAAUCCUCCAGGGGUUGUUUCAUGCUAUCUUCUACCGCUACCGUAGAGGUGUAUCGUAGCUAGUUAGUUGCUGUGAUAUGUGAAAGCCUUGACAGAAACACAGAAACAGAAUCUACUUGUGUGUGUAUUAUUCUAAUACAAAAGGUACAGAAGUGUGGAGUUUAAAUUAAUACAAAAUUAAGGUAAUGAUCAGAGAUCACAAGAUUUGUCUUUUUAUCAACUGUUUAUUUACACAGUGUACACAUUAGAAUUUACUUGUAUGUAUUUUCAACUACUAAGGGUUGUGUGUGAUGUAGAGUUCAGUCUGAAGGUUAAUGCACAAAUAUGCAAAGUUGGCGAAUGUACGACAUUGAUCUGUUGAAGCUGCCGACUGAAUGCUGCUUGGAAGUAAUCAUGCAAGACAAAAUAUGUUUGUUUUAACAUGUUUGCUGCCAUGAACUAGAAUACAGUACUCUUCUUAUAGGGUGUUACAUAUAGACCAGUGACUAUACUUGCAGCUAUACACUGCUGUAUUCUAUUGUGUGACACUGCUUGCAGGGCCACAGCUGCAGUGGCUAGGAGUAUUCAAAUGGGGGCAGGGUUGAUGGGGGUACUAGCUGGCAAAAUAAGGUGGAGUAUUUGAGCGCAUUGUGUGUAGGAGUGUGUUCCUGUGCGCAACUCGGUAUUUACGCCACUGCAGAAAACACAUCAAGCAGCAGCUUAGGAAGGUACUUAAUAAUCUAAAAAUAAAUUUGAAAUCUUUUUUAAGGGAAAAACAUUGUCAUCGUAUGGUAGCAAACAUGUUAAUACACAAGAAUUUCAUCUUAUUUACCUAUAUUUUAUUAAUAAAAGCCAAAGUAAAUACAUGGUAUAACAAAAUGUGCAAAUAUUUAUGUAAUAUUAAUAAUGAAAUUAAAUCUUUGUGCCCCACUGUGGGAUAGUCAUGGUUCGCAGUUGAUCUGACAUGCAUCAGGAUAAACAAAAUAGUUUGCAAUGAUAUAUGCAACAUAUGCAAUAUACAAAUGCUGUUAGAUUAGGCCCAAAUCUCUCUUUUUUUACCAGUAAGCAAUUUGAAGUAGCUUCAAGCCAUCAAUACAAACAAGAUUUAUCUUUCUCGCUGGUGGAGCUGUUCAUCUUACAUCCUAGGCUAAAAUGCUGUGUGUA